UCGAGCGCACGCAGCAGACGUCAUGUGACAGAGGGGCGUGGCCGCGAACCAGGAAACACACACCGCCGCUGCGAAUCUCAACAAAGCUCUCAUCAUGGCGUACCAUGCCGGGAUCCAAGAGGAUCCCAAUGUUUUGGUCCAGAACAUCAGUUCCAACAUCCAGAGGAUCACACAGCUGACCUCGGAGUUGCAGAGAUCGGUGUUCCUGCUGGGUACCGACCAGGACAGCAGCCAGCUCAGACAGACUCUUCAACAGAAACAGCAGCAAGGUAACCUGCUGGCGAAAGAUACCGACAAACUGAUGAAAGUCUUCACCUCUCUUCCCAUCGGCCCAGACCAGCGGCAAAGGAAGCUGCAGAAAGAGCGGCUGCUGAACGACUUCUCGGCCGCUCUAAACAGCUUACAGAAGACGCAGCGGCAGGCGGCCGACAAAGAGCGGGAGUUUGUGGCUCGGGUCAGAGCCGGCUCAAGACUGUCGGGAGGUCAGCCUGAAGACAGCUUUGGAAAUGCAUCUCCAAGUUACACCCAGGUUCAAGCACAGACUGAGGUGAUGACAGAGGAAGACCUGAUACUGAUUAAAGAGAGAGAAUCUGCCAUCAGGCAGCUGGAGUCCGACAUCACAGACAUAAAUGACAUCUUUAAGGACCUGGGCAUGAUGGUUCAUGAGCAGGGAGACAUGAUAGACAGCAUAGAAGCCAACGUGGAGAGUGCAGACACCAAUAUCCAGGCAGGCACACAGCAGCUUGCAAGAGCUGCAGACUAUCAGCGGAGCUCCCGGAAGAAGAUGUGCAUCCUGAUGGUCGUUCUGGCUGUGGUUGCUGUUGUAAUAGGACUCAUCAUCUGGGGCUCUCUGAAAAAAUAAGACCUUCCUCUCACCGCUGACGUUGUCCGCCUGGACGAAAUAUGAAACACUCUCCCUCUUCUCCUAAGUUGUCUUAUUUCACCCUCUACACCCCACCAUGAAAUUGGUCUGCCUGGUCUUUGACACUUCUGGUCAUUUUAUUGUGGAUGGGGGUGGGAGGGGGGCUUUAAGUGACUUGUUUGUCUGAUUCACAUGACACAGUGUUGAUGUCUAUUAUUGCUUCAUUGAUUAAGCGACGCCACAACUAUUUCAGAGUCUCUCGUUUGAAUGUAAUGGGAGAUUAUAUAGAUUAUAGAUAACUUCUUGGUUAUGUCGAGCAGUAUGGAAGUCACCAGUGAUUAUCCUAAUGCUUAUUCUCAUUAGGUUAUAAAUUGAAGUUCGCACAAACCAAAUACAAACUAUCAUCAAAUAUCUGUUUUAAGUUAAUAAUUUGUACAGGAAUUUAGUUGAUUUACAGAAUAUAUAUAUAGUUUGCUAAUAAUUGGCACAUUAAGCUAACAUUCCAGACAAUAGGGCUGAGAUUUGUUCUUUAGGUCGUUUUUGUUUCAGACGUAAAGAGGUUUUUAAACCUUUUUUGUUAAUCCCAUAACCCUGUCCAUCCUGUACAUAUUCACCUGGUGAGGCUAGGGUUGAGUACCUAUCUAAAAUGUGUUUAUGUGUAUGUGUAUGGGGUUGAUUUUAACCUGCUGACAUGUGACACUCCCAUGCACCUUCAUCAUCAGUUUCUGUUGAUUUUAUCUCAUCAUUUAUCAGAGAAAGGAUCCGAUUACUGUAGCGGGCGCUGAGUGAUGAUCAUUUAGUGACUGCUACCUAUACUGUACAUAAACAAUCCAAAAUCAAACCAAAGUCCAGCCAGGCCCAGUAUGUCAAACGCAGAGUCCUGUAAUAUAAGACAGACAUUAAUGCCACGGUUUCAGAAACAUUUUGAUGCCUCUAAAAUCAUUUUGCCAUGUAUGAUUUUUAAUAUGGAUGUUUAAGUUCUGAUUAUAAUGCUGAAUAAAAUACAGAACCAAAAGUG